AUGAAUAUGAACCAAUUGAACGCGGUCUCUCACAUGACUCAAAAUGAAGAUUUCGAUAUUAUAUCUCGUACUGCCGUUGUGAACAAUGAUGAUAAUAAUAUUAUAGAAGAAGAAAUUAAUAUGGAACAUGUUUUUGAGGAAGAUGGAAUAGAAGAUGAAAGUGAAACACAAAGAGAAAAAGAUAAAGCAGUAGAUUGUAACAUUGAAAUACCUUCAAUUUACACCAACUUAGAUGAAAAAAGUUUGCAUGCUGAUAACAAUUGGUUGAAGUCAUAUUCUAAAAGUUGCAAAUGGACACUUCGUGGAAGUAAACGUGAACGUAGUGGAUUAUUUGAAAUCUCAAAGUAUACUGGUCCACACACUUGUUUACAUUAUAAGAUUAGCCAAGACCAUCCAAACCUAGACUCAAGUGUGAUUGCUCAAGAGAUUCAACACCUUAUUAAAGCAGAACCUUCUACUAGUAUUACUGUUCUAAGAGCUGAAAUAAUUGACAAGCUAGGGUAUACUCCUACAUACAAGAAGGUGUGGGUAGGAAAACAGAAGGCUAUUGAACACGUCUUUGGGGAUUGGGAUGAAUCAUACAAUAUUUUACCUAAGUUUUUGAUGGCGUUACAAACGUUCAAUCCUGGUACCAUUGUUGAAUGGUGUGUGUUGGAAGAGACGGGUCAAGAUCAAGUGGAAUUUAGACGUGUUUUCUGGGCAUUUGAUCCUUCUAUUAAAGGCUUUAAGCAUUGUCGCCCGGUGAUUAGCAUUGAUGGCACACAUUUGUAUGGAAAGUAUAAAGGUAAAAUGAUGAUUGCAAUGGGAGUUGAUGGCAACAAUCAAAUUUUACCACUUGCUUUUGCUAUCGUUGAGAAUGAAUCUUUCGCUAGCUGGAAUUGGUUUCUUUCACAUAUCAAGAGACAUGUGGUGAAAGAUGUUGACGGGAUCUGCCUAAUAUCCGAUCGUCACCCUGGAAUCUUGAAGGCUGUUAAUGAGCAAGGAUCUCCUUGGUUAGAGCCUCGUGGUUAUCACAGCUCACAGCUAAAGACUUUAGCUUACCGGGCUGGUAGUCAGAAUCAAAUUCGUAAGUUCAAUUCUAUUAUGGAAGAAAUUGGAACAAUAAACCCACAAGCACGUCAAUGGCUUGAGGGACAUCCACGUGAUAAAUGGACACUUGCAUAUGAUGGAGGGAAACGAAAUGGGUUGCUCACUACAAAUUUGUCGGAGAUUUUCAAUAGUGUACUUAAAGGUGCUCGUUUUUUACCAAUCACAGCAUGUGUUCAACUUACAUUUUAUAGAUUGGUUCAUUAUUUUGAGGUGAGACGUCCUUUGGGGUCUAGUGCUCAAGCCAAUGGAGAUAUAUAUACUCCUCAUGUUACAACAAGACAAACCGCUUUAAUGUCAAAGGCUAGUGCACAUUCAUUGAGAUCAUUUGACCGACAAAAAGGAGUAUUUGAGGUGAUAACUCAAAGGGGAAAAAACAUCCAGGUAGUUAAUCUAGAAUUACGAAGCUGCACAUGUGGCAAAUGGGAUAUAUAUAAGUAUCCGUGUUCUCAUGUUUUGAGUGCAUGUGCUAAACUUUUGUUGAACCCGUGGCAAUAUGUUCAUGAGUGUUACUCAAUUAUAAAUUAUUGUGCAACUUGGUCAUCAGAGUUUUCUCCAAUUCCUCAUGAAGCGUACUGGCCACAAGCACCAAAUAUAGCAUUACUUUCCAAUUCCGAACUAAAACGAGAUAAAAGGGGUCGCCCUCGAUCAACAAGGUUACGAAAUGGAAUGGACAUCAAAGAAGGAAAAAAGUCGACCAAUUGUGGAAUCUGUGGAGAACGUGGUCACAAUCGAGCAACAUGUAAAUCUAAGCUUAAAAAGGUGAAUGCUUAG